UUUGAUUCUUGAUCCCCCCCUAUUAACCCCCUCCCCCACCCCCACCAACAAGCCCAUGCUGUUGUUUCCUCGUUUAAAGAUUUGUUCCUCAAAAUCCACGCGCUCACUUUGUUGUUGUCUCUUUUCUUGCUUUUUCCAACAUUUGAUUCUUUCUUCACUCCUCAUUAGCUCUUCUCUCAAAGUUGAAACCUUUGUUGGAGUUUCUUCACUCCCCAGAUCUCCUUCUGUAGUUGAAGGAAAAUGGGGUUUAUUUCAAGGAAAUUAUUCCCAGCAUGUGGGAACAUGUGCAUCUGCUGUCCUGCUAUGAGGUCUCGAUCUCGACAACCCGUGAAGCGUUACAAGAAAUUGCUAGCUGAAAUCUUCCCUAAAACCCCAGAUGGCUCGCCUAAUGAUAGGAAAAUAGUGAAAUUAUGCGAAUAUGCAGCAAAAAACCCUUUCAGAAUCCCAAAGAUUGCGAAGUAUCUUGAAGAAAGAUGCCACAAAGAACUGCGAAGUGAGCACAUUAAGUUUAUCAAUGUUAUUGCGGAGGUGUACAAUAAGUUGCUUUGCAUGUGCAAAGAACAAAUGGCAUGUUUUGCUGCUAGCCUUUUAGACAUGGUUGUUGAACUGCUGGAUGACUCUAAGAGAGAUGCUAUCAGGAUUAUUGGUUGCCAGACUCUGACCAGGUUUAUUUACAGUCAGGUAGAUGGAACAUAUACGUAUAACAUAGAAACUUUGGUUCCCAAAGUAUGUUCAUUGGCAAGGGAGACUGGUGAAGAACAUCAGAACUUGAGGGCAUCAAGUUUGCAGUGUCUUUCUGCCAUGGUUUGGUUCAUGGCAGAGUUCUCUCAUAUAUUUGUUGAUUUUGAUGAGAUUGUUCAUGUUACUCUGGAUAACUAUGAGCCUGAAAUCCAUAAUGAAGACUUUGAAAGAGGGGAGGCACACCACAAUUGGGUGGACGAAGUAGUUAGAUCUGAAGGAAGAGCUGUUGGUAGUGAAUAUGGUCCUUGCCACAUAACUAGACCCCGGCCUGAUAAGAAAGAUCCAUCUUUAUUAACAAGAGAAGAAACUGAAACACCAAAAGUGUGGGCUCAAAUAUGUCUGGAAAAGAUGGCUGAUUUGGCCAAAGAGAGCAGUACAAUGCGCCGGGUAUUAGAUCCAAUGUUUGUCCAUUUUGACCAUGGGAGGCACUGGGCUUCCCUACAUGGAUUGGCUGUGAUGGUUCUUUCUGAUAUGAUCUACCUUGUAGAAAGUUCAGGGAAUCAAGAACUGAUUUUAACUGGUGUAAUUCGCCAUUUAGACCACAAAAAUGUGGCACAUGAUCCUCAAAUGAUGUCUUAUGUCAUCCAAACUGCUACUGCUUUGGCUCGACUCAUCAGAUUAGGAGCUAGGCUCUCAGAUGUACGGUUUGUCAGUGACUUGUGCAGAUACUUGCGUAAAAGCCUUCAAGCAACUGUCGAAUCGGUUCAAGAGCAAGAGCUAAACUUCAAUCUUGCACUUCAGACAUCCAUUGAAGAAUGCUUCCUAGAAACUGCAAAAGGGAUUGUUGAUGCACGGCCACUGUUUGAUAUGAUGGCAAUGAUGCUGGAGAAGUUGCCAUCUCUUAAAGUGGUUGCCAGGGCUACAAUGGGGUCCUUGAUCAUUCUUGCUCAUAUGAUCUCAUUGGCAUCUGUCGUUUCACGAUGCCAACAGGUGUUUCCUGAAGAGCUAUUUGUUCAGCUAUUGAAAGUGACAUUGCAUCCGGAUGUCGAAAUUCGUAUUGGAGGACACCACAUCUUUUCUGUUCUCCUAAUUCCAAGUUCGAACCAUAUUAGACAUGACAUAGCCAACCAUACAAGGAAAUGGAAUGCCAAUGGUACAUCUACGUUUGUGUCAAUUACUGCUCUACUUGAGAAGCUUCGGAAGGAAAAGGAUGGAAUUAAGUUGAAGGAAGGGUCUGGUAGUCCAGAUGAUUUAAAGGAGAGGGACAUAGUUGACGAAGAACGGAAUAAGGGUUGGGCCCUAAAGAAUUCUCCAAAAUUUCAAAAUAUUAGUUCUAUGAUUGAUUGCACAGCUGUAUCAGUUGGUAGCUUGAAUGAGGGUGAACCAUACAUUCUGAAGCUAAACAAGGAUCAAAUUGUCCAGUUGCUGUCAGCCCUCUGGACCCAAGCCAACAUGCCAGAUAAUUUACCUGCAAAUACUGAAGCUAUAGCUCAGUCAUUCUGCUUAACGCUUAUUUCUUCACGUGUUAGGAAAACCCACAAUAACUUAAUGGUCCGCUUUUGUCAGCUUCCCCUAUCACUUAUGAAGUUAUCCGUGGACCCUAAUAAUGGGUCGCUACCUCCAGCAUACCAGCGUUCGCUUCUUGUGUUAUCAGCUGCAAUGUUAGCAUUUACAGCGAAGAUUUAUCAGAUAACUGACCUGAAUGUUUUACUCGAAUCAUUACGGGGUUGUGGUGUUGAUCCUUUUCUGGGUAUCAAUGAUGAUUAUCAAGUAUACCUGAAGCCUCAGGCAGAUGUGAGAGCAUAUUGUUCUGCAGCUGAUAAUGAAGCAGCUGUAAUAUCACUAUCAGAAUUGCGGAGCAAAAUUCAUGAGUGCCACGAGAUAAUAAAGGAUAUCUUAGUUAAAAGCUUGUCUAGCAUUGCAGAGGUUGAGGCAGAUGACAUAUUCAAGCAGCUAUCAGAGGAUUUCACUCCUGAUGAUACUUUCAUAUUUUGUCUACAAUCAAUGGUUGACAUGGAUCAUGCCCAAAUAGGAUCACACUCCAGAGAUUCACCUUCAUUUGAUGGGGAUUUUUCUCCAAAUUCAUUUGUAGAGGAUGACAAAGUAAGUGAAUCCUCAAUUGCUGACAUCGCCAGAUUCAUUCCCAAAAUUCCUAUGUCUCCGUCCCCUUCAAUGACUCAUGUUGUGAGCAUUGGACAGCUUCUUGAAUCGGCACUCGAGGUGGCUGGUCAAGUAGCUGGUUCAUCUGUCUCCACUUCACCGCUUCCAUAUGAUACCAUUGCUGGUCAAUGUGAAUCUCUUGGCACUGACACAAGAAAGAAACUCUCCAAUUGGCUAGCUCAUGAAAAUCGCUGUACGAAUGCAGCUGGCAUGGCGUAUCCGGCCUUCCCAACAAAUGGGCCAUCAGCAGUCGCGAAGAUACUUGAAGAAGAGGGACCUGUUAGGGGGCCUCCACUGUCAAAGGAACCAUGGUUAGCACUUAGGCUACCUCCUGCAAGUCCUUUUGAUAACUUCCUUAGAGCAGCUAGAGGUUAGAUGCACGCAACCGGUCUGUUUAGUUGUAAAUGACAAGUAGCUAGUGGUGACUAGUAGGUUUAGCUCAGUCUUUUGCUUAGUUCUAACCGCGGAGCUGCCACGCCUGAAUGUAUUGAGUGCUCUAUGUUAGUCUUUGUGCGACUUAGUUUGCUGAAUCUUUGUUUUAAAGUGCAGUAUUACUAACGCAUUUCUGGCUGUAUCCAGUUCUAACUUAUGUUAUUAUGAAACUGGCUUUAAGACUGCA